AUGAGCUCUUCCAGCGCUCGUGGGGGGCAGUCCCCCUCGCAGCCGCCGGGCGCUGCAGCAGCAGCAGCAGCAGCAGCUGCAGCAGGAGAUGCUCGCGACGCUGACGGCGCUGCUGCUGCUGCUGCUGCAGGCCGCCUCUACAUGAGGGCCCUCAGCGGCAGCAGGCAGCGGAAGUCAGUUAGGGUGGAUGCGCUGCUGCACCAAAGUUGGGUAAAUCCUUGUUUGUCUUUGGACAAGGAGCAGCAGCGGCAGCAGCAGCAGCAGCAGGACCAGCAGCAAGUGGCGGGGGCCGAUGCGUGCCGCCUGCUGCUGCUGCAGCGGCGCCUGGAGCGCGAGCCCAUAGACACCCUGCGGGGAGAACCAGCAGCAGCAGCAGCAAGUGCUGCUGCUGCUGCUGCGCCGGGGGCAGCAGAGGACCUCGCCGGCAUCAAGCGGGUUGAACCUCCUUUGGCAGCAGAAGCAGCAGCAGCAGAAGCAGCAGCAGCAGAAGCAGCACAGGCCGCAUGCGCUGCUGCAGCGCGGAACGCCUCUUCAGCGCACAAUGCAGGCAUACAUUGCAGCAACAGCAGCAGCAGCAGCAGCAGCCCCGGCAACAGCAGCAGCAGCAACAGCGGCAGCAGCAACACUCCAGAAGGGCCAGGAGCGGGAACGCCGGCGCUGUGUGCGGGCGACUGCAGCGAGGCUGCAGCAGCGUUGCCAGCGACAGGGACUCCAGCAGCAGCAGCAGCAGCAGCAGCAGUGCCACAAGAGCAGCAGCAGCUUGUGCAGGUGCCGCUUGUUCGCAUGUUAACAACGCAGCCCUUUAGGGUUUUCGAUGCCUCCAUCUUUUGCUGUGCUGCUGCUGCUCCCAGCAGGGGCCGCGGCCGCAGAGGAGCAGCAGCAGCAGCUAGGCGGCUGCUGCAGCAGCAGCAGCACGAGGAGGACACGGUGCAAGCUCCUGUGCGUGGCUCCCGCGGCGGCCGGGGCCGGGGCAGGGGCGCAGCAGCAGCUGCAGCAGCAGCAGCAGCAGCUGCUGCUGCUGCUGCUGCUGCAGCGGAGGGCGACGGCGCGGGCGGGCGCGCUGCUGCUGCUUCAGCAACAGAGCAGCAGCAAGAAGAAGCAUUUCGGCUGCUGCAGGAGGAGCAGCAGCAAAUGGCAGAGACCGUAGCAGACUGGGCCACGGAUUUUAACUGUUUAGACCAGGAACUUGUGUACGAAUAUAUGUAUGCAGACCGGCGUCUGCAGCAGCAGCAGCAGCAGCAGCAGCAGCAGAGCCGAGCUGCAGCAGGGGACCUCUCCGGCCAGCAGCCAGAGCCCUGCUCGCUGCAGGCGGUGCAGCAGCAGCACCGGCUGCUGCAGCAGCAGUCAGUCUGGCGGCGCGAGGGCUUUGAUUCUGUAGCAGCAGCAAAAAGAGCUUCUGCUGCUGUUGCAGCGCAGCGGGCAGAAGCGCUGCUGUACGAGCAGCAGCAGCACCCGCACAGGCUGCCCAACCCUUUCCAGCUAUCUGCUAUUCACGACUCGCUCCCUGCCGUAGGCUUUGCUGCUGCUGCUGCUGUUGCUGCUGCUGCUGUUGCUGCUGCUGCUGCUGCGCGAUGUGCCUCGACGAGCCGGCUGUUGCAGGCAGCCUGCGCGCGUGUCUGUUUGCUGCUGCUGCAGGUGCAGCGGCAGGCUGCCGCCUUCUUCAACCAGCAGCUGCUGCGCUCGUCGGGGGAGCCGGCGGCGCUGCUGCAGACCCAGCAGCAGCAGCAACAGCAGCAGCAGCAGCAGCAAGCCUUCCAGCAGCCGCUGCAGCAGCAGCAGCAGGGGCAGCCCAUGCUGCAAGCAGGAGCCCUUGGCCUCAUAAUGCAGCAGCUAGCGCAGCGGCAUGUGGGGGCAGAAAUGGGCCUUAUGUUUAACUUGCCUCUGGCGCAGCAGCUCCAGCACUUGCACCAGACGCAGCAGCAGCUGCAGCAGCAGCUGCUGCAGCAGCAGCAGCCGCAGAACAACCACCAUCGGCAGCAGCAGCUGCAGCUUCAGCAGCUUCAAAUGCAACAGAAGUUGCAGCAAAACCACCAGCAGCUGCUGCAGCAACUGCAGCAGCAGCCGCAGCAGCACCAGCAACUGCUGCAUCAGCUGGAGCAGCAGCAGCAGCAGCAGCAGCUGCUCGUUCAGCAACAGCAGCUGCUGCAGCAUCAAAGAGGCGGCAGAGGCCGGGGAGGAGGCAGCAGAGGCAGCAGCACUAGCAGCAACAGACCGAAGAGGAAGUCUCCUGCAACAGACGCCUGGCCUGCAGCAGCAACAUCUGCUGCAGCGCCUGCCCCAGUGGGAGCUCCUCUGCAGCCGCAGGGCGUUCCGCCGCACCUGCUGCUGCAGCAGCAGCAGCAGCAGCAGCCGCAGCAGCAGCAGCAGCAAGGCCCCCCGGGUCCAUCUGCUUCGGACAGGGAGCAGCCUAUGCCUCCUGUGCAGCUCUAA